AUGUCGCCUCCAGCACCUUCCCACCUCACCGGCGCUGUCGCGACGGCGGAGCCAUUCCGCUUCUACGUGGGCUACGACUCCCGCGAGGACAUCGCAUACCGCGUCUGCCGGCGCUCACUGCUGCGGCGCUCCUCCGUGCCGCUGGAGGUCAUCCCGAUCGUCCAGCAGGAGCUCCGCGAGGCUGGGUUGUACUGGCGGGAGCGCGGACCAACGGAGAGCACAGAGUUCUCCUUCACCCGCUUCCUGACGCCGCACCUCGCCGGCUACCGCGGGUGGGCGCUCUUCGUGGACUGCGACUUCCUCUUCGUCACGGACGUGGCGGAGCGGGCGCGCAUGGCCGACCCUCGCUACGCCGUGCUGUGCGUGCACCACGACUACACGCCCAAGGAGGCCACCAAGAUGGACGGCGCCGUGCAGACGGCGUACCACCGCAAGAACUGGUCCUCCAUGCUGCUCUUCAACUGCGGCCACCCCAAGAACCGCGUCGCGCUCACGCCGGAGGCCGUGAGCGCCCAGAGCGGAGCGCAGCUCCACCGCUUCGCCUGGCUCGACGACGCCGACGUCGGCGAGGUGCCAUUCUCGUGGAACUUCCUCGUGGGGCACAACCGAGUCGACCCGGCGGACGUGGCCGGGACCACGCCGCGCGCCAUACACUACACGUCCGGCGGGCCGUGGUUGGAGCGGUACAAGGACUGCGAGUUCGCCGACCACUGGGUCCAGGAGCGCGACGCGUACGAGUCCGAAGAGAAAGAAGACGAGGUGGAAGGCACAGGAGUGCCAUCAUCGUCUGCGGUUGCAGUGGACGCAUGAUGCACCACGUGUUCUGUUCGUCUUUGUUGUUUUCCAUAUUGACAUGCGAUCAUGUCCCUGCGUACGCCGUUGUCAACUUAGUUCCUACUAUGACUGUGACGACACUAUCAUGUAAAAAUAAGGCCCUAGAAGGCGUUCCUUGAGGGCCAAAGUGCAGUA